UCCCGGCCGCCGCCAGGGGCCGUGCCACCACCCUCGCCCGACCGAGGCUUCCGGCGCGCCCCCAACUUUGUGGCGCCCUCAGGCAGCGGCGGCGGGGAUGGAGCUGCCUUCCCGAGGGCGGGCGCCGCUGGACUCGUCGCUGGACAGCUGCUCCCUGACCUCGUUGGAGUCCAGCGUUUUCUGCAGCGAGGGCGAAGGGGAGCCCCUGGCGCUCGGGGACUGCUUCACGGUCAACGUGGGCGGCAGCCGCUUCGUGCUCUCGCAGCAGGCACUGUCCUGCUUCCCGCACACGCGCCUGGGCAAGCUGGCCGUGGUGGUGGCCUCGUGCCGCCGCCGCGGGGCCCUGGCCGCCGUGCCCAGCCCCCUGGAGCUCUGCGACGAUGCCAACCCCGUGGACAACGAGUACUUCUUCGACCGCAGUUCGCAGGCAUUCCGCUACGUCUUGCACUACUACCGCACCGGCCGCCUGCACGUCAUGGAGCAGCUGUGCGCGCUCUCCUUCCUUCAGGAGAUCCAAUACUGGGGCAUCGACGAGCUCAGCAUCGACUCCUGCUGCAGGGACAGAUACUUCAGAAGGAAGGAGCUGAGUGAAACGUUAGACUUUAAGAAGGACACAGAAGACCAGGAGAGUCAACAUGAGAGCGAACAGGACUUCUCACAAGGACCUUGUCCCACUGUCCGCCAGAAGCUCUGGAACAUCCUGGAGAAACCUGGAUCUUCCACAGCUGCUCGAAUCUUUGGGGUCAUCUCCAUCAUCUUUGUGGUGGUGUCCAUCGUCAACAUGGCCCUGAUGUCAGCUGAAUUAAGCUGGCUGGACCUGCAGCUGCUGGAAAUCCUGGAGUACGUGUGUAUCAGCUGGUUCACUGGCGAGUUCAUCCUGCGCCUCCUGUGCGUGCGGGCCAGGUGCCGCUUCCUGAGGAAGGUGCCGAACAUCAUAGACCUCCUUGCCAUCUUGCCCUUCUACAUCACUCUUCUGGUAGAGAGCCUGAGUGGGAGCCAGACUACACAGGAGCUGGAAAAUGUGGGGCGCAUUGUGCAGGUCUUGAGGCUGCUCAGGGCUCUACGCAUGCUAAAGCUGGGCAGACAUUCCACAGGAUUACGCUCACUCGGGAUGACAAUCACCCAGUGUUAUGAAGAAGUCGGCCUACUGCUCCUCUUUUUGUCUGUGGGAAUUUCUAUAUUUUCAACUGUGGAAUAUUUUGCUGAGCAGAGUAUUCCUGACACAACCUUCACAAGUGUCCCUUGUGCAUGGUGGUGGGCCACAACAUCCAUGACUACUGUGGGAUACGGGGACAUUAGACCAGACACCACCACAGGCAAAAUCGUGGCCUUCAUGUGCAUAUUAUCAGGAAUCCUUGUCUUGGCCUUGCCUAUUGCUAUUAUUAACGACCGCUUCUCCGCUUGCUAUUUCACCUUAAAGCUCAAGGAAGCAGCUGUUAGACAGCGCGAAGCUCUGAAGAAGCUUACCAAGAAUAUAGCCACUGACUCAUACAUCAGUGUGAACUUGAGAGAUGUCUAUGCCCGGAGUAUCAUGGAGAUGCUUCGGUUAAAAGGCAGAGAAAGGGCAAGUACUAGGAGCAGUGGAGGAGAUGAUUUCUGGUUUUGAAGCCACUUUCAGUUUAUUUACAAAAGCUUGUGUACAACUAACUCAACUGAUAAAGCCUUGAUAUGGAUGUCUAUGUACUGUUGAAGAGUCUCUUUUGAGUAUACCACCUGUGUUAGUUUUUGCUGAUAUUUUGCUUGGUCUGCUAGAAUAGUUCACGUCCCCCAAAUCGAGUGCACAUUGUUUUGACACAGUUGAGCCGCAAAAAAUAGUCAUUUAACAUAACCCAAUACAAGUAGGCCAAAUGUCUGGAUUGUCAAAUAUAAUAGUGCAAUACAUCCAACAAAGUUAAAAGUUUUAUGCAUCACUAAUUUUAAGGUUUUUUGCACCACUAAUGUAAAAAGAAUGGGAGUUAAGCUACACGGCCCAGAGAAAAGGUAAGUGAACAUUUAAGAACAUACUGGACAUUCUUCAAGUAAAUAAAUCACUCCUUCCUCCAUCGGUUAAAGUUGUUACAUACAACAAUUAGCUUUGCAAGCGCAAAUCCUGAUUUGAUAGCCAUAGAAGGUGUCUUCCCUCUGGUGCAAACCACUCAUCACAGAGGGACUAACUUCUGAUUUCAGUCAUUACUGUUGGAGGUGGGAAUCCCCAGGCUGCUUAACCACUGACAGAACAGGGGCUUCAAGAACUGUACAUUCUCAUCGUCUCCACGGAGUGCAGUAGUGUAGCCUAAAGCAGGUUUCUCUUGUACCCCUUGGAAAUUAGAUGGUCUUUAAAAAUCUCUUUAUUGAUGUGGUGUUCAAAUUAUGUCUUUAAAAUCACGAAUGUGUAAAGGUGAAGUAGUGAACAUCCUAAAAAUAUACACUAAAAGUAUUAAAUAGUCUUAUUUCAUAAAAUGAGAAUGAUAUGUUGACUGAUAUCACUGGAUGAACUUGAAAAUCUUUUAUUUGUUAACAAAAAUAUUAUAGAUAGCUUUCUGGCUUUUGGGGUAAAUAGCAAAUGUUCCAACUUUGCACGCAUUUGACAGCAUUUGACGGUCAUUUGUGAUAAUGAUAAAAUUCCUAGACAUUCUGUUAUAUGAUUAAAACCAAAAGUUCUAAACCUAAGAAUUAGUUGAUGAUUCCCAAUAUUCUAGUAAAUGAGUUUUUAAAAACUAA